AUGCUUCGAAAUCCUGGUCUGAUUUCGCUCACAUACCUAAUAUUCUUCAUCAAUGCUAUUCAGUCCCGUGUUCCGGGGUCCUCGCCCUUGACAAAUGUCAUGACGAGAAGGGCUCACUCCCGACUGUUACCACGAAAGAUUAGUGACUCCAACUCGCACCCGCAAGUUAUUCAAGAUAUACAUAGCUUGGCUGGCUGUCCCGGUGAAGUUUGUGGAACCUUGGCCGGUGAUGCGGUUCAACCACUCUUAGCCGGUGCGGACGAAUGCGCCCAACAGGAUAUGGCAGACAAACUGAUAGACGCAGCGAAAUCAAAGCUUCAAGACAAAGCUGUCCAAAGAAAAUUAAUCGAGCUAGCGAAGAUUUACAGACAAACCGAAAGGAACACCUUCCCAGAUUAUUCUUUACCCUCGACACCGGACAGAAACAGUCUCUACUGUCAAAAGACCCCCAAGAAUCCCGAACUGGCUGGACUGUUUCAAAAACAAAGCUCGAGUGCCGAUCCCAAAUUAUUUUUCGAUCCUAAAAGUAACGGUAAGAGUGUUCAACAAGGCUCAGACCCACGUACGAAACCACUUGGCGGAGCAAAAGGGCAAGCGACACCGACCAAUGGUCCCGCGUCGACGGGGGACAACAGCGACGAUGCUGAUGGGAGGAAUGAGGCGGAAAAUGGUGACGAUGAAUUAGAAGGAACGGUGGAGAGUGUGUCUGAUGACUCGCCUGGAAUCGGCAGCCUUAACACAUUGGCAUCGAAUACGCGGAGUCCGGCUGAAGUCCAGAGCGACCGGGAGCUCGGCGUAGUCCAAACUAGUCAGCCUCAAAAACUCUCUACUAGCGCCCAGUCCUCCCAAGCUUCUCCUGGCAUUUCCGAGACAUCGAGUUCGACUACAGCCCCUCUCGACAAAUCAGCUGCAAACGAUAGUUCCCAGCUUCCAACGCCCAAACCUAAAAAAUCCGGUAAGAAAGUAGGAAGAUGUCGGCCAAAACGCCGUCAGGUCUAG